AUGGCAACCAUCUAUGGGCGGUUUGUGGAAAGACAAGGAAUAACUAAGGAUCUAUGUCAACUAGCUAGCUUGGGGGUUCGGCUUAUUGAAUCUCCUAACAAAGGGGUUAUUGUGCAAAAUGCGGCAGAAUCCUCAUUAGUAGUAGAAGUGAAAGAGAAGCAGUACAUGGAUCCUAUUCUAUUAAAGCUUAAGGAGAAUGUACAACAGGUGAAAGUAGAGCACCAAAAGCCCAGAGGUUAUAUGCAGUGUAUAGAACUUCCAAUUUGGAAGUGGGAUAUGAUCAAUAUGGAUUUUGUCACUGGUUUGCCUCGUUCAUUUCGGAAGUUUGAUUCUAUAUGGGUAAAUGUUGAUAGACUGACCAAAUCAGCGCACUUUUUGACGGUCAAGACUACUUAUACAGUUGAGGAAUAUGCGAGGUUGUUUAUUAAAGAGAUAGUUCGUCUACAUGGAGUGCCAAUCUCUAUUAUAUCUGAUAGGGGAGCUCAAUUCACUGCAUAUUUUUGGAAGUCAUUUAAGAAGAGUUUAGGAACACAACUGAAUUUAAGUACAGCCUUUCACCCUCAAACAGAUGGUCAGGCAGAGCGUACCAUUCAAACACUCGAGGAUAUGCUGCGAGCUUGUAUAUUGGACUUCAAAGGUUGUUGGGAUGAUCAUUUGCCAUUGAUCGAGAGAGGACUAGAAUUUUCUAUAGGGGAUUGGGUGUUCUUGAAGGUGUCACCGAAAGGGGUAAUGAGGUUUGGUAAAAAAGGAAAAUUGAGUCCACGCUAUAUAGGGGCAUAUAAGAUUAUUCGAAGAGUUGGCCAAGUAGCCUAUGAGUUAGAACUACCACAAGAGCUUUCAUCAGUUCAUCCGGUGUUUCAUGUCUCGAUGCUUCGGAAAUGCAUAUGUGACCCAUCUCAUAUUACUCCUACUGAAUAUGUACAGGUUACGGGAGAUCUCACUUAUGAAGAAGUACCCAUUGCUAUUUUGGAUCGACAAGUUUGGAAGUUAAGAAAUAAAGAAGUAGCUUCUGUAAAAGUAUUAUGGAGGAACCAACAAGUAGAAGAAGUUAAAUGGGAAGCGGAAGAAGCAAUGAAAUUGAAGUAUCCUCAUCUCUUUCGGAUCCAUGAGAAGGAUGAAAAUUCUUAG